GGGUGUGCGUGACGUCAUAUACGGGCGACAACCAAGUUCAAGAAUUGUUUUGGUUUCUUGGUCCUGUACUUGUUUUCCUUUUUUAUUCAUUUUUGUCAGCAGUUACAAUUGAUAUGCAGCAGCACUAAUAUUUAUGCUGAUUAAUUAUCGAUCGAGUGUGCUAAAAUGACUGCGAUUGUAUCAGAGUUGAAUGAAGAGCAGACAAAUGGAAUUCUCGAGAUGAUGGAGCUGCUUUGCAUCGACGUGCUGGAGGAGGAAGACGUUUCGGAUAAGGUAGAGGAUGUGCUACGGGGCACACCCGAGAGAGAGCAGGCCCCCUUAUCAAAGAACGUGUUGAGGAAGCAGCGGCACUGGGAGAGGAAGCUGGCUGCCAGGAAGAGCAAAAGAAAGGAGGAGAAACUGAGGAGGAAGCUCAAUCGGCAAACGGAAGCAGACGUGGAGCACCCUCAGCUCACCAAGCGGGUCAUGAAGGCCGUCACCAAGGAGCGUUUGGCCGAGGCUCGCUCCAGUGGGGUCAACGUGUGCGUUGACCUCGGCAUGACCCACCGCAUGUCUGACAAGGAGACGAGUCGGCUGGCGGCCCAGUUACGGCGGCUGUAUGGAUCCAACAAAAGAGCGAGCAAACCCUUCCAUUUGUUUUUAACCAGCUUUCGCGAGAACAGUCGUCUCCUGGCGGAGUGCGUGCGCAUGAACGCCGGCUUCCUCAACUACAUCUUGGAAAGAACAGAGCAAAGCUGUCUGGACAUUUUCCCUCCAGGCAGGGUCGUCUACCUCUCGCCCGACGCGCAAGAAGGUUCGUCAAGUCGCCCGGUGAAGCACGAGACCACCACACUCAGACUAGCAUGUGUCCUUUCAGCUCUGGAGCGAGUGGACCACGACACGGUGUACGUCCUCGGAGGGCUUGUGGAUGAAAGCAUCCAAAAGACGCUGAGCCUGUCCAGGGCCGCAGAGCUGGGCGUCCGCGUGGCCCGGCUCCCGAUAGACGAACACAUGCAAAAAAUAGCCAACCACAAGAACUUCCACUCCAAGAUUUUGGCCAUCAAUCAAGUCUUUGACAUUCUGCUGGCCGUGUGCGACACGGGUAGCUGGACGCACGCUCUGGACAAGUGCUUCCCUGCGGGGAAGGGUUUUGCAGUCGCAUCGCACCCACACAUGACCAGCAAAGGAUAAGACGAGACAAAUAAGACAACUAAAAACAAGGUUUUCAGUUUCAGUACGGUAAAUGUUGUUGUUUUUGUUAUUAUUUGUGAAU